AUGAAUAAAAGGAGGGGGAUGGCAAACUCUCCCCCUCUGCUUUUCCACGGCGCGUCCUCUCUCAGCUUCUCCAACGAUGGGCAGCUCCACUCAACUCCACACAACUUCAUCCUUCUCUCUCUGGCCGUGUCGGACUUCUUCGUGGGGUUGGUGGUCAUUCCCGUGGAGAGCUUCAUGUCCCGAACGUGCUGGGUCCUGGGCGACCUCUUGUGCGUGGUCUACUUUGUGCUUCCAAUCACCUUGGUGUCCGCAUCCGUCGGCAACAUGGUCCUCAUCUCUGUAGACCGCUAUGUAGCCAUUUGUGACUCAAUGCGCUACCAAACCAGAAUGAGCGUCCGAAUCGUCUGCACGGGGAUAGGCGUGUGCUGGCUCGGCUCGCUGUUCUACACCCUCUGUCUGAUGUACGAAAACUUGGUCGAACCGGGAAGGGAUCACUCUUGCCGCGGCGAGUGCCUUAUCAACGUAUCCGGAGAGGCCGAUUUAGUUAUCGUCUUCAUCAUCCCGGUAACCGUGGUCGUGGUGCUGUACUUGCGAGUUUUUGUCGCCGCCGUUACGCAAGCCAGAGCAAUGCGCAGCCAUGUCGCCACUCAGCAGAAUACUGUGACGGCGCAGAAAUCAGAAAUCAAAGCGGCAAGAAAUUUGGGUGUGGUGGUGAUAGUUUUCCUCAUCUGCUAUUCGCCAUACUAUUGCAUGUCUCUAAGUGGGGGGAACCUCGUGAUCGGGUCGCCCACGGAGAUGCUUAUGAGUUUUUGGAUGUAUUUCAACUCCACCUUGAACCCUGUUAUCUACGCUUUGUUUUAUCCCUGGUUCCGGAAGGCUAUCAAACUUAUUGUGACUCUGCAGAUUUUGAAGCCAGGGUCGUGCGAUACAAAUAUUGUGUAG